AUAAACAACAAAUUUAUGAUUUAUAUAAGUAACAAAACAUUUAAAAAUGACUGGAAAGUAUAUUUUACGGUCUAUUUACUGUAGAUUUUCGCGAUUUUCCUUUAAACAAAAUGUUGUAUCAUCAGAAAGAUUUUAUAUGGGGGUUUUUAAUCAACACUGCCGAAUUUUUUCUGCAAAAGUCAAUACAAAUGUAGAAGAGAAAAAGCAUUGCAAUGUAGGAACUAUAGGGCAUGUAGACCAUGGUAAGACGACGCUAACCGCAGCUAUAACCAAGGUUCUGGCCAACGAUGGACUGGCUCAAUUCGUUUCUUAUGACGAAAUAGAUCGGGCACCAGAGGAAAAAGCAAGAGGUAUCACAAUAAAUGCAGCACAUGUAGGCUACAGCUCAAAACUCCGACACUAUGCCCACACAGACUGCCCGGGGCAUGCAGACUACAUACGCAACAUGAUAUCAGGAGCUUCCCAGAUGGAUGCAGCUAUAUUGGUCGUGGCAGCCAAUGAUGGACCAAUGCCACAAACAAAAGAACAUUUGUUAUUAGCCAAACAAGUUGGAAUUAAGCAUCUAUUAGUCUAUAUAAAUAAAGCCGAUUUGGUUGACAAUGAGUUACUAGAACUAGUGGAAAUUGAAAUGCGAGAGCUGCUUGGUAACUUUGGGUAUGACGGUGAAACUGUACCUAUGGUCUGUGGGUCAGCACUCAAGGCAUUGAAUGGAGAAGAAUCAGAAUUAGGGGCACCAUCAAUAAGAAAAUUGCUCGACGUCAUGGACACAUACAUACCGCAAAUUGAGAGGGAUUUGCACUCCCCCUUCCUCCUACCUAUAGACAACUCAUUCACUGUGCCAGGCAGAGGCACUGUUGUGGUUGGCACUAUAAAAAGAGGGAUUAUAAAAAAAAAUGCUGAUGCAGAUCUGCUAGGUUUUGGUCAUAAAAUUAGGACAACAAUAUCUGAUAUUCAGAUUUUUAAAAAGAGUGUUAGUGAGGGUAUGGCUGGUGACAACGUAGGGGUUUUGCUGAGAGGUAUAAAAAUAAAAUCAGUAGAGACCGGCAUGCUCUUGUGUGCGGCCAAAAGUCAGCAGCUAAGCAACCACUUUAAGGCGAAGAUUUACUUCCUGGCGGCUAACGAAGGCGGAAGGAAGAAGCCGGUAUUCUCCAAAUAUUCGCAGCAGAUGUUCAGUGGGACGUGGAAUAUUGCGUGCAGAGUUGAUUUAGAUCCCGAGGUCCACAUGAUGAUGCCCGGCGACCACGGCGAGGUAUACCUGACGUUGCUGGAGACCAUGGUCAUGACGCAGGGCCAGCCGUUCACCGUGCGCGAGAACAACGUCACCGUGGCCACUGGGAUCGUCACCGAGGCGCUGCCCAGCCUCGACGUGCCCAAGGGCAAGCUCGGAAAAGUCGUCGUUAAUUACAGUUGAGUUGGCUAAGACGGGCU